AUGUGGCAAACAUCCUGGGAUGAAAUACCAAUCACCAAUAAACUUAAAUCGAUUAAAAAGAAAAUCACUAAAUGGUACACUCAGCCCAAUGCCUCCAGACGAUCCGAAAUCAUCAAUACCAGAACAAGAAUCGGCCAUACCAAUCUCACCCACAUUCACAUCAUAAAACAUGAAGAACAACCUCUCUGUAGCCAAUGUAACGAACCGCUCUCAAUCAAACAUAUAGUCUUAGACUGCCCGCUAUAUGUCAACGCAAGAAACAUCCUUAACCAACCAUCAACGAUGGAGGAAGCUCUAGGAGAACACAACACGCACUUGAUCCAUACCUUCUUCAAAUCUAUCGGCAUUGACACAAAAAUUUAA